AUGCCCAUCCCCUCAUCAUUACUCCGCAUCUACACCCAAAUAUUCAAGCCUACAAAGCCCAUAAAUAUGCCACUCAUCUCCAACUUCCAGCUCCCCGCCUCGGCGAACCUCCUUGAGGUCCCCACCGACAAGAAACUAUUCCUUGCCUUCGUGUCCUCCGCAGACCCGGCUACCGGACAAGCGUGGUGCCCGGAUGUCCGUGCCGCAUGGCCUAAGAUUGAGGAGGCGUUUUCGGGACAGGAAGGUCCCCAGGUUGGUGUUGUUGAGGUUGGACAGAAGCCAGAAUGGAAAGACCCACAGAACGCCUACCGGACAAGAUGGAAUGUGAACAACAUUCCUGCGCUGGUGCGGUAUGAGUCUGUUAAUGGAGAGGUUGUGGAGACGGGAAGGCUUGUUGAGGGGGAGAUUCUUAACCAGGAGAAGUUGAGCGAGUUUAUUGGUUCGAGGUGAGGGGGUUGCAUGUGUAUUACAGUAUGAUGAUAUGGAUGUUUUAGACAGCGAUGAUCUAUUUGAAUGUGUAGUGAUGCAUUUGUCUUGGUUGCGGCAAG